AACAAAUUUAACAAGAGCAGUUUGAAGUCAACCUUGCACCGCGCUUAAGCAGAAGCAGCCUCAUAUCAUAUCCACCUUAUCAUAUCAUCAAUCAAUUGCUUAAGCAGAAGCAGCCUCAUAUCAUAUCCACCUUAUCAUAUCAUCAAUCAAUUGAUCAUCCAUGUCUGCUUCGAUCCCUCUCCUCCUCCUUUUGACCUUCUUAAUAUCAUCCAUUGUCUCCUUCAUCUUCCUGCGUCGAAACCACACCAAAGAUGACCGGAGAAACCCGCCGGGACCACCACCCUUCCCGGUCAUCGGUAACCUCCACAUGCUGGGGAAGCUCCCGCACCGCACGCUCCAGGCCCUGGCCCAACAAUACGGGCCCAUCAUGUCCCUGCGCCUGGGUCAGGUCCCAACCGUCGUCGUCUCCUCCUCCGAGGCCGCCCAACACUUCUUCAAAUCACACGACGUCGUUUUCGCUAGCCGUCCAAUACUCGAAGCGUCCAAGUACUUCGGCUACGGCUCCAAGGGACUAGUGUUCUCGGAGUACGGCGCGUACUGGCGGCACAUGAGGAAAGUGUGCACGCUCCAACUUCUGAGCGCGUCGAAGGUGGAGUCCUUCGCGCCGCUGAGGAAGCGGGAGCUGGAGCUGGCAGUGAAGUCGGUGGAGGCGCGCGCCGCAAGAGGGGAGGUCUUGGACCUUAGCAUGGUGGUGCACGACGUUGUGGAGGAUAUCGUGUACAAAAUGGUGCUCGGGUGUAGCAAGCACGAUGAGUUUGAUUUGAAGGGGUUGAUUCAGACCAGGAUGAACAUCACCGGUGCGUUUAAUUUAGCGGAUUAUGUGCCUUGGCUUGGUUCUUUGGAUCUUCAGGGAUUGAAUCGAAGUUUCAAGAAAAUUAGUACAGCGCUUGACCAAGUGUUGGAAAAGAUAAUAAAGGAGCAUGAACAGGGUUCAAAUGCUCAAAAUGAACAGCACCAUAAGGACUUCAUAGACAUAUUACUCUCUCUGAUGUACCAACCCAUCGAUCCUCAUGAUGAACAAAGCCAUGUCAUUGAUCAAACUAACAUCAAGGCUAUACUGUUUGAUAUGAUUGCUGGGGCAUUUGAAACUUCUGCAACUGUGGUGGAGUGGACGCUAUCUGAACUCCUGAGGCAUCCAAGAGUGAUGAAAAAGCUUCAAGAUGAGCUAGAUAAUGUGGUUGGAAGGAACAAAUUAGUGGAGGAAAAUGAUUUGGUGAAGUUAAAUUACUUGGAUAUUGUGAUCAAGGAGACAUUGAGAUUAUAUCCUCCUGGACCAUUAGUUCCUCGAGAGUCAACAGAGGAUGCCACUGUUCAGGGUUACUUCUUAAAGAAAAAAUCAAGAAUCAUAAUAAACUUAUGGGCCAUGGGAAGAGAUUCUGAGGUAUGGUCUGAUAAUGCUGAAGUAUUUUAUCCAGAGAGAUUCAUCGAUAACAAUUUAGACUUCAGAGGAUAUGACUUUAAAUAUACGCCAUUUGGUUUUGGUCGAAGGGGAUGCCCAGGAAUAAACCUAGGCUUAGCAACAGUUAAACUUGUAGUGGCUCAAUUAGUACAUUGUUUUAGUUGGGAACUUCCAGGAGGUAUGGCCCCAGAUGAGUUGGAUAUGAAUGAGAAAUUUGGCCUCACGAUACCCAGAGUGAAGCACUUGUUUGCUGUACCCAGGAAUCGUUUUCUCAGGGAAUCUUGUAAUGAAUACAAUUGAUUUCAGUUUGACAUAAAGCAUGAUAUGGUUUCAGACUAUAAUAUAGUUGUCCUACUUUUUUUGUUGUAACUCUUGCUAUAACACUAUAUGAUAAGACACUCGUAGAAUAUAUUUUUGUUGCAUACAAUAUAUAUGGAUGAAAUGUUCUGCUGUUUGAGGCUUCUGC